AUGCUCUCCCGCGACUCAUAUUCCCAUUGGGUAAUGGAGGUAUAUUCAUUCCCACCCGAUUCAAUCGGAUUCUCAGAUUGGCAUAAAAUGCUAAGACCAAAAAAUCAACAAAAUAACAAAAGCAGAAAACAAAGAGGAAGGCGUAAACAAAGAGGGAGGAGACAUCAUAAUCAUCAUUAAAAAAAUUAAAUUUUUGAGCAAUAAAUUGAGAAAAAAAUAAAUAAAUAUUU